AUGGUUUGUGAAAAGGCAAAAAGUCUUUGGAAAACUUUAAAUGAAGAUGGAUUAUAUAGUUGUUUAUUUGUAGAACCCUCUCGUGAAAAGAAAAUUAAAAAAGGGCGUCCCAGAUAUGUUGAUAUUUUGCUUUACAGUAAAACAAAGGAUUACCGUCUUCUUCGGUUUCUCUACAAUUUUCCCUUUGGAUUUCUCCUUUCUUUACUUGUUUACCAUUUGGCUUGGUAUAAAAUUAAUUUUGCUGCUGAUACAAGAUUUAUUCCUUCAUUUUGGGCUUUUUUAGUAAAAUAUUUUUUGAUUGGCUUUGCUGCACUUUCUUUUUCUUUAAAUUCUUUAAUUCGUUGUUCAAUUAUUUUUGCUAUUCUCUCAGGACUGAGUAGUUCAGGGCAAGGAGUUAUUUCAAUUUAUGUUAUGGAAAAUUUAAGAUUGGGGCCUAUACAAAAUAUUAUGGUUAAUUUUGGACAUUCAACAAAGAUUACUCUUUGCCAUUUGGAAUUACAAGCACGGGUUGCUAAACGUCGAAUGCAAAUUCAAGCAGGGCCUUUAGAAAUGCUUUUUGAGAAACAUUUUGGAAAUGCUACUUCAAUAGGCAAUAAAGUUGUAAAAAUGUUGCGUUCAUUAGUACAACCGUAUGAUGGAGAAAUUGAUUCAGACAGCACAGAAGAUGACAAACAUUUGUCUGCAAUUAUUGAUACUGCUGAAAGUCUUUGUUAUGAUACAAUACCCUUUCCAAUUCAUUAUUUUACUUGUUCUGCAAUGAAUUCUUUGACUCUUUGUAAACCUGAUCGUUUUAAAAAAAUGUCAUUUACAUAUUGUGAACUUGGCCAGACACAAGAUGCUGCACGUGGCACUCAUGAGAGUUUAUUUUCCUCUGAAUUAGAUAGUGAAAUGAGGGGGUUAGAGAAUAUAAGUAAAACAGUUAAACAUCAACUACAUUUAAAUUUACAUUUUGUUGCUGUAGAGGCACCUGAAUUAGAACAAGGAUAUUCUGUUAAUCAAUUACAAACUGAAAUGAAACAUGAUUUGGAAUAUUAUAAGAUAAUUUUGGCAACUUUUGACAAAAUGUUUACUUUUUUAAUUAUUAUGUUUACAUAUUUUGUUUUUAAAAAUUGUGUCUUAAUUAUAAUGAAUUAUUUAAAUGAUAUUGAAUUUAAAAAUUAUUUUACUACACCCUAUUUUUGGCAUAUUGAUUCAAAACGUCGACGAGAAGGAAAAGUUUAUUUGGGAUCCUUAAGAAAAGAAGAAAUUAAAUUUAAUAAUAUAAUUAGUCCUUUUGGGUUACCUCGAUCUGAUGAAAUUCGAAAAAUGACAAAAGCUUUUGUUCGUUGGAUUGUUUUAUUAUUUGUUGUUAUUGCAAUUGUUAUGCUCGAUUAUUAUUAUAACAGAAUGCUUGAAAUUGUAAUUGAACAUGGAAAAAUGUUAAGUGAACAAACAAGUUAUUCUCAUUUAAAUAUUAAAGUUGAUGGAGAGGGGGUUGUUGCUAAUUUACUUAAAGAGAUUCUUAAUUUUAAUUAUACGGGGUAUUUAAAAGAAGAACUUACAAAUGAAAAAUGCCUUAAAAAUGCUUCUUCGAAACCUGAUUGGAUUUAUAAUGUCACUAAUCUAUUUUUGCCUGUUUUCCUUAUUCUUUUGUUAAUGGUAUUUUUUAAUUUUGUUGUUCAACGUUUUGUAUUUCUUGUUGUAAUGGGAAUUAUAUUUCCUUAUAGAUCAAAAGCUCGAAUAAUUCAUUUAUAUAAUAAAUUAUUACUUGCUCGAAUUAAUAUGGAUAAAUUAAAUGAAGCAAAGAAAAUUGAAGAAAGUAAAAAGAAAAUUGAAGAGAAAAAAGAAAAUAAAAAGAAGAUUGAAGAAAAAAAUAAUUUAAAAGAUAAAUAA